AUGAAGGGGAAUUUCAACUCGAGGAGAAAAGACCAUGGUAAUUCUGCCAAUGGCUCGUCAACUGGUGGUUCCGGAAACAAUAAUCAAUUUGCAGGAUCUAGUGGUUUCCAUGAGAGUGCAGAGACUACAAGAAAUUUCAACGACCGCCUAGAUUACUUACUGGCCAAAAGCAUUGGGAGCGAAGUUGUCGCUACAGUCACUUCCGCUGUUAAGUACUCAGGUGUCCUCGUAGCAUGUAACUUGGAAUCGAACAAUGGCUUGGAUAUUGUGUUGAAGUACCCUCAAAUUGUUGAUGGGGGGUUUGCUGAUAAUAUUGAAGAACUAUCUGAACAAUUGGGCGACACUUUGUUGAUUAAUGGGGCCGACGUGGGAGAAUUGGAAUUGAAGGGAAUUGACUUCGCUGCUGGCGAAAAAUCGGAGCAAGCAAAGAAACAGGAGAUUGAGGAGCAAACUAAAAAGCCUAUUGAAUCACAAGAAGGGAAGGCAAACGGUGGUUUCAAGACAGAUGUCGACAUCUCUCGUGGAAAAGGCGAGGUGAGGGAACGUGAACUACAAAAAUGGACUCCGGAUGCUGCCGACGAGAGUCUCGAGAUUCACAAUCAGACAUUGGAAGAGUCUUCAGGCACUUGGGAUCAAUUCUCGGUGAACGAGAAGAAAUUCGGUGUAAAAUCAACAUUUGAUGAGCAUUUGUAUACUACUAAAAUCAACAAGAAGGACCCAGACUAUGAAAAGAGGUUGAAAGAGGCCGAGAGGAUUGCAAAAGAAAUCGAGUCUCAAGGAUCAGCAGGCAACAUUCAUAUCGCUGAAGACAGAGGCCACAUCGUUGAUGACUCCGGCUUAGAUGAAGAAGACUUGUAUUCGGGCGUGGACAGAAGAGGAAAUGAACUUUUGGCUGCUUUGAAAACAAAUGCCAAACCAUCGCCCGCCAAGCCUUCCAAGUACGUAGCUCCAACGCUGAGAGAUCAACCACAUAAUGUUGAUCCUGCCAUUAUCUCAUCGAUUACUGCCAAGAGUCAUGCUAAUAAGCAAGCUCCUACUGCAACAGUUUCUGUUAAAGAAGUUAGCGUGCAUCGGUCAGCUACACCUUCCUCUAAAGUUACUCAUGUCGAAAUGCCUACCAAACCAAGUACAAAGACAUCGCAAAGGACUGACGUAGCUUCCAAGAAACAUGUCUCUAAAGAAGCUCAGAUCGAAGAGCUUAAAAAAUUCUCUCAAAAGUUCAAAGUUCCGUAUGACGUCCCGGAAGAUUUGAAAGGCAUUUUAAAGAACUCCAGCUUGAAGAGCGAUCCCUCUCUCCCACCUAAGCCCUCUGGAAACACCGGUAGUAAGCCCUCCUUGCCCGGAACCCCUGUGGGUGCCAAGCCGGACUUGAGGAAAAACUUGAGCGGUGCUAAGCUUCCUUCCCAAAGUCAGACUCCUACUCAUUCUCCGUCUCUCGGUAGAGCAAGUGUUUCAUCAAAAAGACGCAGUACAAUAUCCUUCUUUGGCUCAAAAGCACCUCAACCAGAUGAAAAGAAGAAGCAGUCAUUUUCCAGAAACUUUAAUAUGUUCAUCAAGGCAAAACAGGCUUAUGAUGAAAAAGCCAAAAAUCUUCAACAGCAGGACAGCGAGAACAAGAGUAUGGAACCAUUUUUCAUUGAGAAACCAUAUUUCACGGCUCCAACCUGGAUCAGCACCGUUGAUCAGUCGUAUAAGAGCUUGUUUCCUGACGAAAGGUCAGCUAUUCAGAGGGCUCAAAUUAACUUGCAGCAUCGCCAGAUGAAUUCUAUAAACGCUGCCGCCACAGCAGCCGCCGCGAAUCAGCAAAUGGGAGUCGUCGUGGGCAAUAUGGUGCGUUUCCCCAUGGGACCCGGGGGUUCUCCCAAUCCAAUGAUGAACGGAAUGGCAGGAAACAUGGGAAUGUAUAUGCCGCUGCAGCCCCAACCAAUGUUUUACCCGUCUAUGCCGCACAUGAUGUCGAUGAUGGGUGGUGGUGAAGAAGGCGGAGGAAGUCCUUCACCUCAGGCUCUGUCUCCUCACAUGCCUCCUGCAUAUUUGAACAAUGCACCGGGGUCUCCAGCCAUGGGCGCAUAUGGAUACCCAGGCAUGCCUUUUCAGCCAAUGGCAGGCGGUGGAGCAAAUCUAGGAGGUGGUAACGCAAACUACAGACACGGCUACCACCACCAUGGCGGUCAGGGUAGUCACGGUCAUCGCAGAAAUAACCAUGAUAACCACUGA